AUGUCAACAUUUUCAGCUGAGCAGUUCCAGCAGAUUUUAGCGGAUAUGGGUGGUAACAGAUGCGGUUCGUUUACCCAAUGCACAGCGCGCUACAAAGGACAGAGAGAUCCCGCUGCUGUGGAAGAAUUUUUGGCUGCCAUUAGUGUCUACAAGGACAUAGAGAAGAUUUCCGACCCGGAUGCAGUACGUGGAAUGUCCCUGCUGCUUGAAGACUACGCAGCCACUUGGUGGAUUGGCGUGAAAGACACGGUAUGCAGUUUUGAAGAGGCAAAAGCUCUUAUUCGUUCAACAUUUUCGCCACCAAUACCGGACUGGCGCGUAUUUUCAAAUAUUUUUGAAACAAAACAGCAGAAGAAGGAACCAACUGACAGUUUCAUCUGCAAGAAGCGGCUCUUGUUCUCUCAAUUAAAGGUUCCUGUGACUGAAGAAGUGCAGCUCAAUGUGAUAUAUGGCCUACUGAAUAUAACCAUUACGUUAAAAGAGGAUAAGGCGUAG